CUUACAGGAGAUCCAAGAUGUUCAAGAUCAUCGUUUUGGUUGCCUGUUUGGCCGUUGUUGCCUCUGCCCAGUACUACGGAGGAGAUUAUGCUGGUCACCAUGAAGAUCACCAUAAUGCCCACCCAAAGUACAAGUUCGAAUAUGGUGUCAAGGAUGGACACACCCACGAUCACAAGAGUGCGUGGGAGCACCGCGAUGGAGACCACGUCAAGGGACAGUACACUCUGGAUGAAGCCGAUGGCACUCACCGGGUCGUUGACUACAGCUCGGAUCACAAGGGAGGAUUCCAGCCACAUGUUCAGCGCAAGGGACAUGCCCACCAUCCCCAUCACGGUGAAAGUUAUGCCAACAUUGAACAGCACUACUGAG